UGCGCGCAAGCGGACGAAUUUAUUGGAGUCCGGUCUCCGGUGCGGUGAACUUCAUCAUAUGCUUUCCAUUGUCGCGCGACAGCUCGCAGCUGUCAAAUUACGUGGAUCACCGAUGAUUGUAAGAUCCCACCGAAACACAUUUCUCGUCUAGCAUCUUCCAAUCCGAGCAGCUCCAAGAACGGGGUUUCUUCAUCGUCUUGUUGCGCGUUUGUCCUCGUCAUCCUACGUAACAUAACCUAUUUCACGCGACGUCUGCAAAAUCGUCAAAAUCUCGAUAAUUUUGUCGUCAACUUCGCGAAUAAAUCCCGCCAAAAAUUGUCGUGGUAGCUGUUCCCACCUGAAAUUUGCAAUGCGCAAAUAUUUCGCGAUUCGACAGUGCUGAGACGGCGACGAAAAAGUCAACUUGUGAAAUACAUUGUCGGAUUUGUAAAUAUUGCAAAACGAAUUAAGUGCGAGCUGUGAAGAUAUUUGAUAAGCUGGGCGAGAAAUAUAGAAUCGCGACGAGUAUAAAAAACUGGGAGAUAACGUCCGUUCGGAGGUAACACUAGGCUCUAUGGUAAGGAUGAAUAGAAAAACCAACAGUGCGACGGCCAGAUUGAAACAGGAUUAUUUGCGACUCAAAAAGGAUCCAGUACCGUACGUUCUUGCGGAACCAGUGCCUUCGAAUAUAUUAGAAUGGCACUAUGUAGUCAUAGGACCAGAAAAGACUCCAUACGAGGGUGGUUUCUAUCAUGGAAAACUCAUAUUUCCAGGAGAGUUUCCAUUCCAACCACCUAGUAUUUAUAUGACCACUCCAAAUGGUCGAUUUAAAGUCAACACAAGAUUAUGUCUUUCCAUUUCCGAUUUUCACCCUGAUACAUGGAAUCCAGCGUGGAGUGUAUCUACUAUUCUUACAGGAUUGCUUAGUUUUAUGAUUGAGAAAAGUCCUACACUUGGUAGCAUUAAUACAACAGAUUAUGAGAAGAGACAGCUAGCUGCACAGAGUUUAGAAUACAAUCUGAGGGACAAAAUGUUUUGCGAACUAUUUCCAGAAACUGUCGAGGCGAUCAAAACUGAGCUGGAGCGUCGAAAAGAGCUUGAGAAACAAGCGAGGCAUCAGUCCACCGCAUCCGAGGUCUCUUCCUUGAUACGAGACCAGUUGCAGAGAGAACAAAGCCCAUUACAUAGCGCACUGGCCAAUCUCGUCGUUAUCAUCGGCUUUGCAGCAUUCGCAUACACAGUGAAAUAUGUAUUGAGGAGCAUAGCUAUGGAAUAAAUCGGAAUCUGAAUUUCAAAUCACAACGAGCACAAAAUGGGAGAGCCAUGACGAUCAUGUGUGUACAUUUUGAAACGCGACGAAGAACAUAAAAAGAAGAUGCUAGGCUCCCAUAUUUGCCUGUUGAUCUAUCUUUCGAAUCUGUGCAGCAUUUGGUUUUGCACGGUUCGGAGAACUUUUGCCAGCGUGAAACCUUUGAAUAGUUUGAUAGAUUUUUAUAUCAAGUUGAUUGUAACAUACAAGCUGUAUUGUAAUCCGAAUGCUAUCCAGCUAUUUAUCAAUGAGGAAGAGUCAUCGUAACCUCUCUUAAUUCAAUUGAAAGAGAUGUGUAACAGAUGAAACAAUUUAAUCGCAGUGGCUUCCCGCCUUUUUUAUAUCAGAUUUGCACUCUUCUAGCAAUGUAAUUAGAGAAACUAAGUUUCUUCGCUUAUGGUGCUGCAACAUUCUUCCUUUCAUUGAAUUUUCUACACUUUUAAGAUUACGUAGAGUCAAAAUAUAUCCAAAGAGAGAGAUACACAUUUUACACAAUACAUCUACUUAAUCCUGUUAACAGAGAAUCUCUUGGAUAGAAAUGCACAAAUUUAUCGCACUCUACAAUGUGCCAAUGAGAGUAAGUCUAAAAAUGUAAUUAAAUCAGAUUAUGCUUGAUAGCCUGACUUAUUCCAUUAAUUUAACAAGUUUAUUUGUAAAUAGAUAUUGUAAGAACAAAGAAGCACGUCAUAUAGAAAUAAUCUCGAUAUUAACAUAACAUAAAGAUAAAUCUGCCGCGAAUGUAAUUAUAUUCAUUGAAUCAUUAGUAAUUACCUCGAGACUUUCUUUAAAAAAAAAAUGGUUUGAUUAAUCUUUUCGCUACGAAUGGUAUAUGUAUAUAUACAUAUAUGUCUUUUUAUUACAUUUAUUUUUGCAAAUAAGAUGUCAAUUAUUAACAAUUGAAAAUUAGACAACACUGAAAUGCCUAAAACAUUUGAUUGUGAAAUGAUUUGAUGUCCGAUAAUACGUAUCUUAACUAUCUAAUCUAUAUGGUAACGUGGCAAGUUUUUUAAAGAUAUUAUGAGCAAAUUUUCACAACAAUUUAUUAUUUUGAAGUAUUUGAUACAUUUGAUGCAUCAAUUUUAUAAAAUCAAAAUAAAUACUAGUGUUGUGUUGCUAACAUCUUUUGCAUCGCAGGGUGGUAGAGCAUUUCAUAAAUCACUAGCAUAUAAUAGUAAUUGUUUCAUACCAUACAUAGCAAACGCUUUUAGUCUCAAGCACGCUGUAGCGUGAAAGGGUUAAUAUAUUUCUUAUUUAUAUAUUCUCUUUAAAUGGCUCAUGGGACUUUUUUUUUUUUUUUU